UCGCAGCUUCUUCGCUCAGUAUAUAAAGCAGGACAACGACGGAAGGAGGACGGCUGGGGAGUCGCAGCCCGGGAUUGUAAAUAAGACCGCCUAAACUGUGUUUUAUUUACAAAAGUGAUGCCGGCUGUUUUAAAAUAUCUUUCCCAGUUGUUUUAAAUCGUUUUUCGUAAUUUUUGGCUCUAUUCCUCGCCUAUUUCCGUGUGGUUUUUACACUACGCGUAUAAUGGCGAGCUCGGCUAACUCGAACCCAGUGCCUAAAUUAUACAAGAAUGUGAUUGACGAUGUGAUCAAUGAGGUGCGAGAGCUGUUCCUGGACGAGGGAGUAGAUGAGCAAGUUCUUCUGGAGCUGAAAACGCUAUGGGAGAACAAGCUUUUGCAGUCCAAGGCAGUGGAGGGCUUCCACACUGACGAGCAGACAGCCCUGCAGGCCGCACAGCAGCAGCAACAACAGGUUCAGCAGGUCCAACAAGUCCAGCAGGUGACCCAGCCAGCUCAGUCCCAGCAGGUCAUCCUGCCGCCCCAGCAACAGCAAGCUCCCCAGCAGCAAGUCAUUGUUCAGGAAUCUAAGCUUAUACACAUGGGUGGAACGGGGAUGAGUGCAGCAGCUACCGCAGCAACCCUGGCUUUGCCCACAGCGGUCACCCAAUACCAACAGCUCCUCACCAGCCAAGGCCAGAUCCUGCAGUUAGUCCGUGGUCCCAACGGGGCUCAGUACAUCAUCCAGCCCCAGCAGCAGAUCCUCCUGCAGCAGCAGAUGCAGCCUGGUGGCGUGCAGGCACCGGUAAUACAGCAGGUUCUGGCUCCUCUGCCGGGAGGCCUGUCCCAGCAAGCAGGAGUCAUCAUACAGCCACAGCAGAUUGUCUUAACCCCAGGAAACAAAGUCCAAGGCAAUACACAGGUGAUGCAAGCAGCAGCUAUGGCGCCACAGCCCAGCCAGGCAGCAACAGCUCAGGUCCAGCAGGUCCAGCAGGCCCCAGGAGCGACUGCACCACAAGCCUCAGCGCAGCCCCAGGCCCAACAGCAGCAACAGGCCCAGCCUCAGGCACAGCAGCCUCCCAUGAUGCUGCAGGUGGACGGAACCGGGGAGACGUCUUCAGAAGAGGAUGAGGAUGAGGAGGAGUACGACGAAGAUGAUGAUGAGGAGAAAGACAAGGAUGGAGCAGAAGAUGGGCAGGUUGAAGAGGAGCCGCUGAACAGUGGAGACGACGUCAGCGACGAAGAGGACCAGGAGCUGUUUGAAACAGACAACGUAGUGGUGUGCCAGUACGACAAGAUUCACAGAAGUAAGAACAAAUGGAAAUUCCACCUGAAGGAUGGGAUCAUGAAUCUGAACGGGAGAGACUACGUCUUCUCCAAAGCCAUCGGGGAUGCCGAGUGGUGAAGCAGAAAAAGGAACGGGAGAAAGCAACAGGAGCAGGAUCUCUGUAACUCCUAUCCAGUUAACAGACAGUUUAGCAUCCUUCCACAUCCUGUGACUGGAUUCAUUCAGGAAACUGUUUCUGAGACUCAGAACUCUUGAGACAAACCCAAAGGACUGUGAGGUACUGUAAAACCCGGGUGUAGUCAGAAAACACUCGACUAGCCUUGCGGGAUGAGAAACCAACAGAGGAAGGGAAAAGCCCCGUGAGCCGAGCGCCGUUUCUCUUUAUUUCUUCUUCCAGGCUUCUCUGCCUUUUCCCCCCAGAGAAUUCACCUAACUUUGGAAAGAAAGCAUUUCACCAUCAUACAGGUGUAGAGGACCAGGGUGACCUCGGCUUCCCUGCCACACAAGGUCAGAGGUCAUUCGUUAUAACCCCAUAGAUGAGAAACACCUUUGCAAUCACUGUAGUCGGUUGACUGGAUUGACUCGUGUCUACGUUCGUGUCCAAACUUAGUGCCACCAGUCGAGAUCGCUGCCUUUAGAACGACCAGAAUCACCUGUUUUUGGCUUCUUUUUUUUUAUAUCCUAAUUCUGUCUGAAUUCACGUUUAUGAAAAAGGUGCUCCAGAGUGUUUUUAUGUAGGCGACCUGUUCUUCAAACAUUAUGUUUUAAAUGCGUUUAAUGAAGGAGUUAAAAAGAAGGUAAAAUAACAUCACCUUACAAUAACUCAUUUUUUUUAUCUUCGUCGCAGCACUUAACCCCCCCUCCCCCAGCACCCCCCCACUGGCUUCUCUGGAGCUUCAUUCCAUCUUUAACGUUAAGAAUAAAAUAAAGAUAAAAACGUGAGACACUGAAUUCAUUUAAGGAUUGUACAAAGGUGUCUCAGUUUGUCCUGUUGGUGAAUCGCCUUUGCUUUUAUUUUUAGUUCUCUGCAGCCAUCAUAAAUUUUGCACUGUCGGUUUAUCAGUGUGUUGUGAAGUCAGUCAGUCUAAUCAAUAGCCGCAGAGACGUGUGUGUGUGUGUGUGUGUGUGUGAGUGAGUGAGAGGGACUGUACAGACACGUGGUGAGUGUGUGUCGUUGUCGCUGGUUUUCUGUGAAAAGGUUUCAGUUUAUUUCUCUCACAGUCUGAAAAUGUCACAGAGCAGUGAGGUUGGUGUCUGUCCUGUUUUUUCUAUUUAUUUCUGAAAGUUUAUAAAUUGUUUUUCUUUUUUUUAAGGUUGGAAAGCCGCACCAAACUGUGCUCUUAUAAUCUAACAAGUGUUCCUUUUUCUUUUCUUUUCUUUUCUCCUUUCUUCUUAUGUCAGCCUGAUAAAAGCUGCACGGCGCUGUUUUCCAAACCAUUUCGUCCACCGUAUGUUCUCGUCUGCUUCCGUUUUAUUCAUGACUUUUAAACUGAGGAUAUUUUCUAUCCAAGUGAGUUUAACUCGAGGGGGGGUUGUGUGUGUCUCUGCAGUUUGUUUUUAGUGCCCCUGUUGCAGCAGUUUGAAAUAAAGUAUAUAUGUGUUUUGACUGUUGUGCUUGGGUGGCUCCAUAGUUGUUUUUUAGCUGCACAAAGAAAACCCUGAUACAGGACCUGAUGGAGAAAACAGAACAUUUUUCACACGAUUUAGUUGAAUUAUAUGAAAUCUUUACAUGAAAGGCCAAAGGAAGACUUUCCACACACGGCCCCCAGUAGAUUUAUUUCCUUUCCUCUGUUCGUCAUUUCCAUAUGUAGAUGUCGUGCGUGCCUUUUUGAACUUUAGUUCAGUUUUUGGUGGGGGGGGGGUCACAGAUGCUAGACUGAGAAGGAUGUCUUAUUAAACUGUGCUCUAUAACCAUUUUGUCGUGUGUUCUGCUCUUCUGAUGAUUAAUGAACUGUACUGUUGGUAUUCGUGUAAUUUUCCUAAAUCAAGUUUGGAAUCAAACUCAAGGUUGUGCUUUGAAUACAUAAAGUUGUCUUUUGCAUAAAAAGAAAGAAAGAAAAUUAAAAUUUAAUUUUUGCAUUAUUUUGUGGCCUAAAUCAGUGUCACUCUCGCCCCCUCUGUUUCUUCCUACCUUCUUCUGUGAUACCUGGUCAGCUUUUUGGUUCUGCGCCGAUAAAAGCAAAUUUAUCGAUGACUCGUGGGAGCAUCUUGAACACUAAACUAUUUAACUGUUAUUUCAGUUACUUUUAAACUAUUUUUGCUCACAUUUUUAAUCCUGUUGAGACUGUUUUUAACUGCUACUCUUAGAUGUGACUCGGGCGGUAGAGCAGGUAGUCUAAUAAUCAGAAGGUCAGCGGUUCCUCCAGUUUACCAGCUGGAGGGGUUCCUGGCCAAGAUCAUUAGGAAGUGUUUAAAUAUGUGUGUAUAAAAGUUGCGCUUCACCAAUUCACAGUCUCCAUUUCCGAUUUGUGUCACACUUCUUCUAGGGGAGUAGUUGGUGAGUGCAGACCUGGUAUCGUCUGGAGCAAUCUGUUAGCGGCCGAGGCAAUCAAAGGUUUUUGAGUCAGUACUGUGUACUCUUUAGUAAACGGUUUCAUUUUGCACGUGAGAUGGCAUCAGUUUUCUGUGAGCAUCAACACACAUUUUUCCCGGUGGUUGCCAGGGGGUCGUGAAUCUCUAGCAAGAUGGCAGUCAGUUUGAUCGUGACCGCCUUCAGCCUCUAGCAGCUACUAGGAUGCAUCUUAUCCUCACAAACGGCGGUUGGCAGGUGGUCAUGGACCGGUCUUUAGUAGAACUGCAACUGCUACAGUGUUACACAUUUGAAAUGGUGGAAAAUUAGCAGUCACAUGACUGCAAGACCUUAACAAAUACCAGUCCCCUUCCCAUUUAGUGAGCCAACUGUUUCAUGAGUUUAUUACUUGUGUGUUUCAUUAUUCUUUAAUGAAACUUCUAAUGGCAUUCAUACUUUUUAAAUGUUUUUGGUUGUUUUUUUCUCUGACAUUUAAAUUUUAAAUCUGUUUCCAAGACACUCAAACCAGUAGUCCUGUCUGCUAGCUACCAAUGACGACGGAGUUUUGUAGCAUGGCUGAAGCUGGUACUGUAAAUAUAUAUGAGGUACGUUGUUUUGUGUAGAGAGUGAGCCACAUUUUACACAUUAGGAAUCAAGGCAGUUGAAUCCAUUGAAACUUUGAGAGACAAAGAUGACAACAAGGACUAAUUUUUUUUAAGCAGCGCCUCGGACAAACAUCAGGAGCCAAACACUUUUGUUUCUUCUUUUCUUUCUGUGGUUUUAGUUGUUAAGUUGGCCCUCAAUUUAACUCAAAGGAGCAUGAAAUGUCUUAAAUCUAUCUUGUCUUAAGCUGUAGCUAACUACAGUUAUUUUUGUCUUUAGCAAACCGUUAUCUUUUUGCUAACUUGCUAACCAGCUAAAGGCGCUCGGUGUCAAAGGCUUACUGUCUGACAGACAGCGGGGAUUAUCCUCCUUGCAGACAUGGGUAUCUGUAAACACCAUUCAUAAGUCUUUCUGUGACACUUCUCUGAAGUACGUAGUUGUGUUUAUGUUAGGCGUCUUUGUGGAUGAGUCACACAGUCACAAACAAAUGGGCAGACAUGGUUGUCUGCAAGGACCAACCAUCCAACUCUUCAUCACUGUGGCCCACGUGCUCCGGCAACGUGCUGUAAUACAGCUUUAACUCAGCACGAUUCAGAUUUCUUGAUUGAAAUGUAAUCCUUGCACAUUCUGUCUUUGUCGCUGCGUAACAGCUCUGUAGGAUCACUUUCAUGCAUUUGCUGCAACCUGCACGAGACCCCGAAUCUGCAUCGCCCAAUCUUCUUUUCCAUUUUUCUAUAUCCCACCAUCUGGAUGACUGUCAGGGUUUGCACAGCAUGGGCGUUUUCCCGGCUUUUCCUCUAAUUCCUACCCAAACCGACACAAUCCCAGCGUAUUUCCUUUCAGGUAAUUAUGAGAUAAAGGUGUGGUGCAGUCGGGGAUCAAAGCUGAAUCAGAAACUACAUGGAGAUUUUUGCACUUGAUUGUAAAUGGAUUUGAGGGCAGACUGUCACUUCUACAAUAUAUCACACUUCAGCGCUGAAUAGACGUAGCGGAGGAGCAGUGUAUCCCUGGCUGCUUCUGAUGAAGUGGGCCCUUUUGCUACUCCUGGGCACUCAGACAUAAGAAUCUGAGCUGCUGGCGAAUGAGGCUUAUAAUGAGACCCUGGAGAUGUCUUGCUCAGACUCUACAGCUUUCUCUGCUUACCAGCUAACCUGUGGUGACUGCCAAUCAGCUACGUAGCAAGUGGAGUAGCCGGGCCUGCUGGCUGUGGCAUGUAGAGCUUACCAAAGUCUUAGAAAACAGCAAACUGUGACAAAACAGAAAAAACGGGACAAAAACCUUCAUCUGUUUUCAGCAGAGAUUCUGUCUAUCCGGGCUGCAGCAGGACUUUUAUAGUAUCCUAGACUGUCUCACGUCAAGCUGUGAAUGUUGUUCUAAACAGCUUGUCACUUUUCUUUUUUCUUAUAGGCCUGCUUCAAUGCCAAUGCCAUAUAAUUGCUAUCUGUGCUGUUAUGGGGUGAUUUCCUCUGUGGAGUACUUACUGAGUUGAUUCAGUCAUUCUUACACGAAUGGGUAAGUUAUUUAAAACUAGGGAACAAAGGUGUAUUAAAGUGAAACCUUAUUGUGUCUGAUACCUCUUUCAACACCUUUCAGAAUUGGUCAUUUUUAGUUUAGGUGGGAGGCACUUUAGCUUUGUCCCCAUAUUUGAGCUGUUUUGGUUUCUUGCACUAUAAAACCAAAGACAUUAUAUGAAGCAGUUAGUUUUAAGCAUAUUCCCAAUCUUACCCUAAAGUCAUCAGUUUUAAUACCUGUGUCUGACUCAAGUAAAAGUCAUGUGAUUUAAGUCCACGUGGGGCAGAAAGCCUGCGAUGAAUCAUCUUCGGCUAAAUCUGCAAGUACGGUGCUGCAAAGUCUGCAGUCUUAGUUCACCUCAGUACGCACGAACGCUCCAGCACUUCUCUGCUUUUUGUUUUAUUACUGGGGUUGUGCAGGUGGAGUUGCAUCACUGUUUCAUGUAUUUCUGGUUUAGGAUCAUCUUCACACGGCAACAGCUGUGAAUAAUUUGAAACGUCGCCUGUCAGCAGGAACUUUCUCAAUAAAAACAAUUUCCAGUUUAUUAGAAAUAAUUGAUCCAAAGUAGACACAUGUUCUAAAUUGCCUUCCAUACACACCUGCACAAUAACUAAGGUUUACUAUCGGGAACAGUAGUAUAGAGUAGCACUUGUCACAUCAUCCUGUGUAUAAAGUGUUAGAAUGUUUUUUGUUGAAGGCUUGGAGCCAUUUUUCUUUCCUGGUUUAACUCAAGUGUCUGCAAAGGUUGUAGAUCCUAAAUAUGAAACUCAUUUCCUGAUGAGUGAAACCACCUGCAGAACAACAGAAGAAUGAAUGUUUUCACUGACUAAAACCCUGCAGUUCGCUCUGGUCAUCAUUCAAGAGCUCUCCAGGAGACAGAGGAACUUGACUCUUUAAGAGGGCCAUCCACGUCGACCGGGCCAACGCAAGGAAUGACGCCAAAAAUGCAAGAGAUUUUUUUUGUUUCCACAACCAAACACUGGAUGCAUACUCGUAGGCUUUGACCUCGUCAGUCCCUCUGUUCACGACUCCUUUUCCCACUCUAUUUGAGUUUGGCAACCUAAUCCGGUGUUAUCGAGGUGCAUCGUCGGGCACGGGCCUGCUUAUUUGAGGAACGGCUUGGAGAUGAGUUUAUUUGCAAUACUGGGAGAGGAAUGAUGAGGCAGGCCUGAGACCCAGCUAGAAGAAGAAUAUCAAAAUAAAUCCAUUUCACAGUCUCAUUCAGUUUGCUCGGCUCGGCCUAUUACUUGGGCCAUGACCGUACCUGCAAGUCUAUAAAAUUCCAUGUAAUCAUUCGGGAAAACGCUGGAUUCUGCAGGUAUAUGCCACUACCACCAGUCGCUUUGUGUGCACCCAGACACCUACGCAAAUGUGCAUAGACUUUGAUUUUUAUCAGUCUUGUCGUGCACACACUCGUGAACAGUGAGUUAACACUAGCUGGCAGCGGAGACGUCCUCUCAUGAAGGCAGCCAGGCCCAUCGUGCUCCAGCUCCAGAGUGCUUUGCAUCUGAAGGGUCCGGACUGGCUCGCUGUUAAUGCGUGAUUGGAAGAGAUGGACCUGAAGCCGUGGAAAACGUUCAACUGAAAAUGAUGUCCCGUCCGUUCGGAAAUUCACCGCCAAGCGAGGUCUGGAACGCAGUCAGCGGAUGCCACUCUUAAUUUUCCCGACUUUGAAAGUAGAGACCAUUCCAGUUUGUGAGGUUUAGAGUGAUACAAAGUUGGGAAUGUUGCACUAUAUUUUCCAUGCUGACACAAAUUGCAGCAAUCUGCUCGAAUAUCUUCAAGACAAAUAUGGAUGCAAAAUGUAUUUUAUUUUUUUAAAGGAAAAGAUGUGAACUAAUCCCCACUCGCCCUGUUCAUCUCUAAAGUCACUCAGGAGAGGAAAUGCUAACCUGAUGUUUAGCCACUAUUAGCAGAAGGUUUCCUUUAAUGCCUAACAGCUCAGCAUCACAGAAGUUCACAUGGGUCUCAGGUAUGCUAGCUUUAAGCUCCCCGCUGAUUGUAGAAGUCACUGGUUUCCACACAGGGAU